GGAAGCGUGUUCCAUAAAUUCUGUUCAACGUCAACGUGUAUGUCUUUUUGACACUUGUAGACAUAGAGUUAAAUUAUAAUACUGCAUUUAUUGUAAAUAUAUUUCCAUUUAGUUACAAAUAGAAUUUUUCCACCUAAACACUUUGAUCUAUAUUCACCAUAUCUUUCAUAGUAUGAAAAGAUUAUAAAAGUGUAAAUUGAAUUAUUUCUAGGCCAAGAUAGCCAUGUCUUUCCAAGGCAGAGUACGUGGAAGAGGGAGAGCAUAUCAUUAUCGAAAUUCUAGGAACAAUGAAAGAGUAUCGAAAAUAGUAUCACCAACACCAGCACAAGAUAUGUCUAAACAAAAUACCGGAAACAUAUCAAAACAUGACAAUAAUUGCUGCCAGGAGAUAAGCAUAAGUUUAGAAUUAGAUGAAAAUGGAACAAUUUUUUUAGCAGAGCUAAAAAAUAUGUGGAACAUGUUAAAGAAGAGCCCUCCUGUAAUAAACAAGCUUCAUCAGUAUUUUAGUAUUUUGGAAAAUCCAUAUGUUCAAUCUUUACGGUUACUCUACAAUUGCCAAGAAUUCCACAUUGCCAAGAGCAAGACGUUGCCGAUGUUCAUAAUUGAAGAAUUCAAAUGUUGGACUUUGAUGUCGAGGAAUAAAAUAGUACAUCUUUUGAACCCGCAGCUGAAAAUCGAUGCUUUCAAAGUUGUGAUGAAACAAAAUACCUUAACUUUGACUAAGUUAAUUUUUGAAAUAUAUGAGAUGACUCAAGACAGUGAUAUAUUUUUAGAUAUUAUUAGAUGUAUGAUCGAAAAGAAACAGUACAAAGAAGCUUGCCAAUAUGCAACGUUACUUAAUUUACAAGACAAAUUUUCCAUUGAUGAUUUUCUCGUACCACUGGUUCUGCAGGAUAAGUUAUUUGGGGUCGAUGACUUUCUAAAAGCUAGCCCUAAACAUCAGGUAGACCUAGUAGUAUUUUUGGAUUCCAUACUGGGGAAUGCAUCCGUGAGAGAAACGAUGGGGGAUUACGUUACUAAAUAUGGCAUUCCGGAAGUAAAAUUCGAGAAGUUACAUGCGAAGCCUUGGAAGAAACUUAUCGCUCGUCUUUUGAAAAUGUUCAAACUCUCUUCCGACCUUACACCCAAUCUGAAUAAGAGAAGGAAUGAGGGUGCCCUCAAUUUUCUGCUUCAUAAGAGAUUCACCGAAAAUAAUUUCGGCGAUGAAAGUUGGAAAGAAAUGGUGCAGGAGGCGGUCGGGGAUGACGAAGAAUUGCAGAAGGAAUUGAUUUAUCAAGUAGCUCAUUAUGGUGAUACUUCAGAGGCCCUAAGAUGGGCCCAUUUUUAUAAUAUUGACAGAAAAGAUUGGCCUUAUAAUGUGAGAAUGCUGGAGGAAAAUCCUGACGGUAACAGACCACAACAGCGGAUGAUUCAGUCAGAGACAGAUUCCUGGGACGAUGAAAUUCAAGCCCCUGAGCCCGUAGAAUACCACAAAUUCCCUCUGGCAUCAAGUGAUGUGUAUUUGGUUGACAGUCCCCUCGGUUUUGAAAGUUUUUUAGAUACAGGACUGCAAGAAAUUGAUAUCGUAGGUAUAGACUGUGAGUGGAAGCCCAGCUUUGGGAGUCACCCGAGCGAGUUAGCUUUAAUUCAGAUAGCCACUAGGAAAAAUGUGUUCGUACUUGACAUAGUUAACCUUGGCAACAAGGUGCCGCACUUGUGGCAAGAACUUGGCAAGUUUCUCUUCAAUAAUUGUGAUAUCUUGAAAUUAGGUUUUAGUUUAACUGGUGAUAUUCAUAUGAUAAGACGUGCUUUACCGUACCUUAAUUUUACCGUAAAGCAAGUUGGAUUUUUAGAUUUGUGUUCAUUGUGGAAACACCUGGAUAAGUUUCCGAAGGUAAAAUUGCCGUAUGAAGUACAAAAGGGCGGUCCCAGUCUCAGCACCCUUGUACACCACUGCCUGGGACGCCCUCUGGACAAAUCCGACCAGUUUUCCAAUUGGGAGAAGAGGCCGCUGCGAGAGAGCCAGAUAGAGUACGCCGCUCUCGACGCCUUCUGUCUCAUCCAAGUCUACGACGUUUUGAAAAAGAGCUGUGAGGACGCGGAAUUCCCUUUCGAAGAGAACUGUUACAGUCUCAUGACCAACGAGAAAAUGGCCAGGAAAAAGCCAAAGAAAGUGGGGAAUAAAAAGAAACAGAACGACACGCCUAAUAAGGAGGUCGUGCAACCUGCGAGUCCGCAGUCUACGCCUGUACCAGCGUGCAAAAUUAAAGUUGUCUGUGAUACUAUGCUGCAAGGACUCGGAAAGAAACUGAGGAGUUGUGGCAUAGAUUCUACUAUUUUGGAAACACACGAGGAUCACAUGUUAUGCGUUAAAUAUGCUCAAGACGAACAGAGAUACAUUUUGACGAAGGGAUACGAUACAUUUAGAAUGCUAAAUGGAUACGUUCCGUCUGGAUACUGCCUUAAAAUAAUCAGUGAUGACGUUGACGAACAAAUAAGAGAAGUCCUGGAUUACUACAAGGUCAUUGUAACCAAACAUCAUGUGUUCAGUAGAUGCCAGGCUUGCAAUGGGAACAGUUUCGUGAAAGUUUCCCGAUCCACAAUGGACGCUUUAAUUAAAUCUUCCGAGGCAGACACUUGCCCCCCGCCGGCUGACUAUUACGAGGACGAAGCCACUGGUUUUUCAAGCGAAGACGAUUACGAGGAAGCCACGCCGUCGCAUGCGGUAAAUAGGAAGUGGGAACUAUAUCCGGAUGAAAAAGUGGACGUGGGCCUUUGUCAGACGAGAACGGGACAGAAAAUUCAGGUGAAGGCCGUUCCCAAGCCGUUGAUCGACAAAUAUGACUUUUUCUACAUCUGCGAGGAGUGCGGAAAAGUGUAUUGGGAUGGGACACAUUUCGAGAGGGUCUUAGCUGGCAGACUUCAAGGAAUUGUGCAAUAAGGUUAAUUACAUUAAAUUAUGUUAAAGUUAUAAACAUAUUUUAUUACUUUUCUUCUAUUUUAUUUAAUUUUAAACCUUUAAUA